AUGUCUUCGAAGAUUAGGUUUUAUAUGGAACUGUCAGUUCCAGAGCUAGAAGAUCUUAAACGUAAAGGUCUUUUUGAUCAGAAAGAAAUCACCAUGAUCAUGAGAAGAAGAACAGACUUCGAGCACAGAAUACAAGGUCGUGGAGCAAAGCCUAGAGACUUUUUGAAAUACGCUGACUUUGAAAUAAAUCUAGAGAAACUCAGAGUCAAGAGAUUUUUCAGACUCAGAGAAACAGACCAUGUUGAUACGGCCCCCAGUAUCUCCGACUGGGCUGGCUUCAGAAAAAUUAUAUUCAUUUUCGAUAGAGCAGUCAGAAGAUUCUCGGGAGACCUAGAUAUCUGGGCAAAGUACCUUCAAUUCGUUAAAGAUAAGGAUGCCAUUAAGGUUGUCUACAGAGUAUACGCUAAGCUUUUGCUGUUGCAACCGAGAAAUGUGGAUGCUUGGUUAUCGGCUGCCAAAUAUGAGUUCGAGACAAAUGCCAAUGCCAAGGGGGCCAGAGAGUUAUACCAGAAAGCAUUGAGAUUGAACCCCGAGUCGAGAAAGCUUUGGAUAAGUUAUGCUCAAUUCGAAUUAACCUAUGUGUCUAAGCUUCUCGCUAGACGCCAAGUUUUGGGCUUGUUAACAGAAAAGAAGCAAGAGGAAGAUUUGAAGGCUCAAGCUAAAGAGCUGGCCAAGAGAAUUGAAGAAGCACCUACCGAUGGCGUUGAAUCCAACUCUGAUACCAUCACAUUCGCCGAUGUGGAAGAAGACGAUUUGAAGCUGGAGUUAGCAUCCUUGCCUGAAGCUGAUAUGAAUGUGUUGGGCUCUCCAGAGACUAAUCCUGUUUUGAAGGGUGAUAUUGCAUUAACAGUAUUUGAUUUGGCUCUUCCAGAGCUUCUCAAAGAGGUUGGAAAGGCAUCUAAGAUUGAUAAAGUCUUUGAAAUUGCAGAUGAAUUCCUUUCUGUUUUCGACCAAUUUGAAACUCUCAACAGAGAUCACUUAAAUUAUCAUAUCUUGUCUUACCUACAAACAAAUUACAAGGACGAUAUCAGGACGUCGCUUAUGGACAUCACAUUGCCUCUUCGCAACGUCUCAGUGCUCGACUCCUCCUUGGCGGAUGCCUUGAAGUUAUCUGUCAACAAGUUUACCGCAUAUAAACUGAAGGCCAAGGACGACAAAAAGAAGCAAGAACUCUCUGAUAAGUUUGUCGGAUUCUUGACAGAGAAGUUCGUGAAUGUUGAGGAAACGAAGUCAGAGAAAACGGAGGCUCUUUUGAAGGCAAUCAUUCAGAAAUGUCGCUAG